AGGGGGAUUGAAGAUAGAAACCUUCUUUUCUGCUCUCCGGCCGUGACGUGUUCAGAGACUAACCGGUCUAGUCUAGUGGACAUCCCAGCCAUGGAGGACACGCUCACCUGUGCUCCCACCACCUUUUCCCAGGUGUUUGGCCGCCAAGGACAGCUGAUGCAAGCUACUGUGCAAUCUCUGAACAAUUUAAACGACCAGAUCGCUCACUUCAUGGUGAACAAACCCAACUCCAUGAGCCAUGAAGAGAACACCUUUUUGCCCAGUGAGAAGGAUACUCUGAAACAAUCCAUGGCUCUGAUGAGACACCUGCUCAUGGAUGCACAGGGCAAAAUCCUGAAAAUGAUGGAGGACAACAAGCAGCUGGCUCAGCGGAUCGAUGGGGCCAUCCAAUCGGCCAGCCAGGAGGUGACCAACCUGCGCUCCGAGCUCUCUGCGACCAGUCGCAGACUGGCCGAGUUGGGGGCAUGCAACCCCCCCGGCCUGGAGAACAACCAGCAGAACCACCAUCACCACCUCCACCUCCUUCACGAUCCGACAGUCCACCACAGAAAGAAGACAGUGAUGUCUGAACUCGGUUUCCAGACAGGAAUGUCGAGCUUAAUGGACUUUGGAACUCCAGAUUCUUCACUUGAAAAAGUGUUGCUGAGGGAGGAGGUGGCUCAGUUGCAAGAAGAGGUGCACCUUCUGAGGCAGAUGAAGGACAUGUUGAGUAAAGACCUGGAGGACUUGCACGGCGGCUGCUCGGCCGACACGCUCUCCGCUGCCGAGCUCAGGGUGCAGUUGGGGGAGAAGGAGCAGGAGCUGGAACGUGCCAAGGAGGCCUUACAAGCUAUGAAGGGUGAUCGGAAGAGGUUGAAGGCAGAGAAAGCUGACCUGGUGAAUCAGAUGCAGCAGCUGUACACCACACUGGAGAGCCGUGAAGAGCAGCUCCGAGACUUCAUCAGAAACUAUGACCAGCACAGAAAGGAGAGCGAGGAUGCGGUCAAAGCUCUGGCUAAAGAGAAGGACAUGCUGGAGAGAGAGAAAUGGGACCUGCGCAGGCAGACCAAAGAGGCCACAGAACAAGCCAGUAUCCUGCGCUCCCAGAUAGACAUGAAGGAGAACCGAAUCAAAGAGCUGGAGGCAGAACUCACCAUGGCAAAGCAGUCUCUGGCCACCCUCACGAAAGACGUGCCAAAGCGUCACUCUCUGGCGAUGCCAUCAGAGCCAGUGGUAAAUGGCAAUCAGGAGUGGGUGAUGCAAGCAGACCUUCCCCUCACAGCAGCGAUCAGACAGAGUCAACAGACCCUGUACCAUUCACACCCUGCGGACAGGCAAGCUGCUUUGAGGAUCAGCCCCUGUCACUCCCGCCAGCCCUCCGUCAUCUCGGAUGCCUCGGCUGCCGACGGCGACCGCUCAUCCACACCAAGCGACAUCAACUCGCCCCGACACAGGACUCACUCCCUCUGCAAUUCCAUGGAGGACCUCGAGGACCAGAAGCGUAAGAAAAAGAAGGAGAAGAUAAGUCUUGGUUCACUGUCUCGAGUGUUCGCCCGGGGUAAAUCUCAACGCAAGUCCUUGGAUCCGGGCCUGUUUGAUGGUACUUCCACCCCUGAUUACUAUAUAGAGGAGGAUGCUGACUGGUGAUAGUGCUAUAUGUAUGUGCGUGUGUGUGUGUGUGUGUUUCUGCAUGUAUGCCUGGAUGUGUAUGAGUUAAUGUGUGCACGCAAGAGUGUUUACAGGAUGCGAUUGUGUGUGCCUUGAAAUGUAUUCCCCAUGAAAAAUACAGGAAAGAUAAAGAACUGCUGCCUCCUCGAAAUGUACAUACGACACUUAAAAGAGCAUCUAUGUAAAUGAAAUAUAUAUUUAUAUAUGUAUGCAUAUGUGCAUAUGUUUACAUGCAUAUAAAUAUAUACAUGGGAUCAUUUGUGUGUGAAUAUGUUUAUGCUGUUAUUAUGCUUUUUUGUGGUAAUAUGUCUUCUUUUUUAUAAACUGGAAACUUGAAUUACUGCUGAGCAUUUGUAAAUAGGAACUCUUGUGCACCUUGUGUUUGCUGAUGUUUUUAUGUGGAAUGCUUCUUUUUCAUGACCGCUUUUACCAUGCACCCAAGGCCCCAGGUUGUUUUCAUCAUACACCAUACUGUUUGGUCCAUUGCCCAUGCCUUUGUCUUGAAAAUCUGAAUGAUUUAAUGUCUAGCAAUUGCAGUUUUGCAGAUCUCAAAACCAUCCAGAUAUGACAUUUUUCUUUAGCUGUACUCCUCAGUACGCUAAUCACAGAGGAAAUGUUGCAGUCUCUAAGUUAAUCUCUGCAGCAAGGAAAUGUUUUAUUAUGCAUAACUACUUGCAAGGUUGCACCAAGUAAACUAUAAACUUAACAAAUGUCAAUCCAUAUUUUCUUUGGAAAGACCUAUUUAAGAUUUUAAGAAGUAACAGUAUAUGUAUCAGACUGGCCUUGUCAGAAUUGUUUGUGUUUGGUCUGAUGUGACUGCAUUAAUGUAGUUUUGUUUAGAAAUGUGCCUGUAUCUCAGAUCUGCCCCAUUUGUAGCAUUAUUUAUUAGACAGAUUUCCCUUUCUUUAAAACAAUCCUUUUAAAAACAUAUGAAAUAACCUGUGAUUAAUUAUUCUAGAUUUUGAACUGACCUUGAGGAAACUGUGUUAUCACUGACUGUUGCCCUUACGUCCUGACUACACCGGACGCGUCUGUUUACCAGACGUGUCACUACACUGGAAGCGUCUAAGAUACAUUUGAAAUAACGUACAGAAAACACGGACGGAGCAGCUGUGAGCUCAAGUAGACCACCCUUCGCUAAUGGUAUUACAUUUACUUAUUAUAUAAUUACUAUUGAAAUUUGAUUUUGGCUAAAACGGUGUAUGUUGUUAGAAAUAAGAGAUCAGAAACAUCACGAGCUGGCUUUAAAAUUGCAGUAAGCGAUUUGAGCCAUUUUAGAAUUUCCACAAACUUGGCCACUGGAUUAGCCACGCCCCCUCUUUCCAAAACCCUGCAUUCCAAAGAUAGCAAAUGAGCUUUAUUGAGGCCGAUAAUGAGCAGAAAUGGUUGUCAAAAUCAACAGCAGCAAAAUAGCGCCCUCAACUGACAACUGUUAUGAACAACGUGGCAUAAAAAUGUAAUUAAGCCUCAAUAAUUCAAUAAAAUGCGCAAAAUGAUUGACAGGUCGAAGGCGUCAGAGUUUGUGGCCUGUGGACAAAUAUUUGUUUGCUGUUUUCAGAGUCUAGAGCUGUCACAGAGACCGGUGAAAUAUCUCACAACACUUAUCAAUAUCUUUCAGAGUAGGACAUUUUUUUGCAUACCUUUACAUGAAAAAUAUCACCUUUAUCACAGCACCUUUAAUGUUAUUUAAAUAUGUAUCAAAACAAAAGAAUGGCAAAAAGAUUCACAUGCAGGAUAUAUGAUAAGUUCAUGUUUUUUAGUUCAUGUUCAAAUUUACAGGAUAAUAAGGUGGCUGGAGUAGCAUCCAUCUACGCUUCCAUUGUAGACAGCAUCAUUGAUUGUAAUGGGAGUAAUUUGCUUUUGAUGCAACGUGACGCUCGCGUCCAGUGUAGACAGGGUGUUAAUUUUGCAUUUUUAUACACAAAUUUGGUAGAAAAGUUCCCGCCCCAACCAUAGGUGCUGAACUUCAUAAGGACCUUGUGUCAACAAAGUGCCAAAGGUUUAUAGCCUACUAGAGGUUGUGAAGUUAAAAACACAAAGCUUGCAGUAGACUAGAAAAUUGUCCUUUCAUAGGAAUAUUUUCCUAAGUGUGCAAAAAAAGAAUGUCUGCAAGAAAAAUCAAAACACAGCCUGCUUCCAUAACAUUCUUUUCCAUUAAUGUUGACAUAUCUCGCUGACAUAUUACAUAUUUCAAACUUUUCUUUGCGUCUUGUUGGCACUGAUUAUUUUUUAUUAUUUUAUUUUUUUUAUCUUUUAAAUUAAACUGAUUUUCAUUCCUCAUGUGACUAAUGAGUUUAUGUUGUAAGGAUUGUAAAGUAGAUAAUGUCAGAUAUAAGAUUAAAUCUAUUAAAGAAUUUUAUUUAAAGAUUAGGAAAGAGGUCAUUUCAAUGAAACCAGACUGUCUUUGGAAUUACGGACAGACCAAUGAGGAAGUUUUAACAUUCUGGAGACAAAUGAUUUAAAAAAAACUAUUAAAAUAAAAAAGUAUUUUAAAAUAAAAA